UGACAGUGGUGCAACUUACAAGAUGCCAACCAAAGGUGCAGCGCAGUACUAAGAGGAAACAUGUUUGUUUGUCUGUUUGUUUUAAGUAAGGCUGGAAAAUCAGCCUUAAGGGAAGUAAGAUGAAAAAGAGUGAGACCUACAGCUGGCGGUAAUGCAACCUACUGGAUUCCAACCUCCAUUUAGGAAGAAGAAGGAUAAAGAAGAAGAGACCUUUCACACAGGCUACCUUCAACAGAGUUUGGUCUAACUUAUUUAGUCAUCCCCAGAGAAAGAAAGUGCAUUGCAUCAUGAAUCUGGAACACAGAGACUGUUAAAAAUUCAAAUCAAAACAUGAUAGGUUUUGCUAAAAUGAUAACCACUGCACUAUUCCUCAAUUUGCUCCUCCUAAGUGCAAGCUUUAGCGAAGAUACAGUGAAGGAGGACUUGGGAUCCCAUCAGCUGCAGCGACUGGUAGAUCUGUUAACAGUCCAUGAGUGUGAAGAGCUGCUUAUGACUCUCUCCAACCCAAAGAAAGACAUCGACGGUCAGCUCUUUUCUGAAAACAUGAACCAAAUCCUACUGCCAUCCUGGACCUUAAGAGACACAGGGUACCACUGUCAUCCAACUCUAAUACAAUGGCUCAAGAGUCAUGGUGAGCAAAUGUACUACGACAGGCUGUCUCGCGCCCUUCAAAGCAUCGGAAGGACCGACAUUGCAAUAGAGAUGGGGAAGAACAUUAACCAGGACAAGACUCUGGCGAUGCAGCGUUAUGUUGAGGAAUACCAUGAGCAGGUCAACAAAAUGGCAUUUCAUCUAACACACCCUUCAGCUGAGAAAACAAAUCCCAAAGAUACACAUCAUUCUGCAAAACAAGUAAGGAGCUUGUCUUGGAAGAAUCUGGACCUGGUGGUGGAGCGGCAACCAAUGCCACCCUAUCAGCGCAACAUGCUGGAUGGUGUGUGGCCUUUGUUUUAUGGCCUUGUCCUUGGAGUUGGUGGUGCACUGCUCUUAGGUGUACCUUUAUUGCUCUUUAUCUUACAUCUUUCAGUAUGUGAUCUCUCUGGUGAAGCUUAAUCUAACAACAGUUGCAGCUGCAGCAACACAACAUACAGUAUUGUUCCUUUUAGCUUGAUGUUGUGCUAGUAUUAAAGAAGAUUCCACUUAAAUGGUCCAAGGCAGAAGCAUUGUACAGUACAUGAUUGUUAAAGAGAGUAUAUACUCAUAACAUUCAUUUUAAGCAGUAUUGUACUUUAAUUGAUUUUACUAUGGUAUUUUGCAUGUUUUCCAAUGACCUGUUAGUACAGCAAGAAAUAAAAGGCUACUGUUCAUACCUUA